AUGAACACAUUGGGUGUACCUUUGGCUGAUGCCAUUGACGAAGUAUUCUCGACCAUACUACUCUAUUGGACCUUGUUCCUCAUCCUGAUUAGAAUGUACCACUUCGUCGGAUUUAUGGAUGUUUUCUUAGUUCAUUUCACAAUUUUAAACCAACACGUCGAAGAACUGAUGCAACGCAGGUAUCCUCCAUUGAGAAUUCUCAUCAGACUGACCAAGAUCUGCAGGUCCAAUACUCAUCAUGUCGCGUAUAGAAAAGUCUUUUCAAGAGCUUUUCCUCUUUUCACGACUGAUUUUGAUUUUCCCCUUGAAGCUGGACAAGGAGGGGUUCCACCUUUCUCCUUGGUUGACGACAUCUUGCAUAUGGUAACAUUCCAGGACGAAGUCUUCUCCACCAUAUUGCUCUAUUGGACUCUCUUACUUAUAAUGAUUGCGACGGACCACUUUGUUGGUUUGAUGGAUAUCUUCUUAGUUCGUUUCAGAGUUUUGAACCAAUACGUCGAAGGCCUGGUGCACCUCAACCCCCCUCCAUUAAGGAUUUUGAUCAGGUUGACCAAGAUCUAUAGGCGACUGUCGGAGUGCGUCAGAGCUUUUCCUCUUUUCACGACUGAUUUUGAUUUUCCCCUUGAAGCUGGACAAGGAAGGGUUCCACCUGUCUCCUUGGUUGACGACAUCUUGUGUGGCCCAUUUAGUAUUCCUGUUCUUUGCCCUGAAGAAGGGCCUUGGCCUCCUCGAGCCUUCUUCAAUUCUCCUCUCAGCCUUCUUCAAGUCUCCUACCAGCCUUCAUCAAUUCUCCUAUCAGUCUUCUUCAAUUCUCCUACCAGCCUUCUUCAAUUCUCCUAUCAGGUUUCUUCAAUUCUCCUAUCAGCCUUCUUCAAUUCUCCUAUCAGCCUUCAUCAAUUCUCCUAUCUCCUCCUAUAUCCUAUAUUUCCUUCUCCUUUGUCCGAUUGCUAUCCUCUAAAAUUCAUCCUCCACAUCAUCGUUCCAUCUUAA